AUGAAGUGUGUUAUAGCAGGAGCUAAUGUAAAAAGUAUGUUGGUUUUACUUAGGUUAUAUUUUUAUGAUUUCCUAUUUGAAGAUAUUUAUUUAAAAGUAUUAAUAUAAAACAUUUAUUAGUUUUAGCAAAGGCUAUACAUGCAUUAACCAAAAUUGGAGAUGAAAUGUACAUAGAACCACAUGAAAAUACCUUAUCAUUUCGUACUGUUAAUAUGCCAAAUUCAGCUUAUGCUGAUUUUACAUUUCUCAGAAGUUAUUUUUCAUAUUACGUUUAUGGCGAUAUACAAGAAAAUGAUGCAUUGAAAUGUAAAAUUUCAAUGAGGAGUGCGAUAACUGUGUUUAAGUCUAUAAAUUUAAUAGACAAACAAGUAGAAUCAUGUCACAUUAAAUUAGAGUCUGAUGCAUCUGAAAUUUUGUUUAUUUUAAAAUAUAAGAACGGUAUUACUAAAAUUCAUUUAUUACCUAUAUUAGAUUGUGAAGUAUUACAAACUACAUAUAAUAAGGAUUCUGCAUUAAUUAAACUUUCAUCUCAAUCGCAAGUAUUAGGAGAUGCAAUGCAAAAUUUUCAUCAAAAUUUAGUUGAAAUAACACUUGAAGUUUGUGCACAAAAGCUUUUAUUAAGAAAUUAUGUUGAUGAUACCUCGGGUUUAUCAAAUACUAUACGCACACAAUUUGCACUUGGAAAAGGAGAAUUUGAUCGAUAUGAUAUUGGUAGUGAAACAUCAAUUACCUUUUGUGUAAAGGAAUUUAAGUCUUUUUUAAAUUUUGCAGAGUCUGUAGUUACACCAAUUAGUAUAUAUUUUGAAGAAGCAGGAAGACCUGUUAUAUUUGCGUUAAAAAAUCAGUCGUUUGAAGUAAAUUUAGUGUUGUCAACAUUGUGUUCUGAUUUAGAUAGUCAAGCAGAAACAGUAUUAACUAAUAAACCACAAGAAACAUCUGUGAGAGGAAGAGCAAGAAACAAACGAGUUUCUAAAAGGAAUAGUAAUAAAUCUAGUAAUAAAAUUCAAGAUAAAUCAAUUAAAUCUACAUUAGGAAAUGAUAUUAACAAAAAAUUACAUCCAUAUUUGAUGGAGGAACAGAUAAAACAAGCUAGUACAUCUACAGAAGGUAACCAAAAUGUAAAUACAAUAAGUAAUUGUCCAAUAGAACAAAAUAUUGAUGAAAAAUUUCAAACAUCUUCGUAUAAUUCUGAUAUAAUUACGAACUUUAAUAAAACGUCUAUAAGUGGGAAAAAAUUAGUGAAUUCUAUAUUUCCUACAAUAACAAAAAGAAAAUCUAAUAACAAUCAUACCGACAAAGAAGAGAAUUUGGAUGAUGAUCAAUCUGAUGUAUUUGAAGACAAAAUACCAAAUUCACCAUCUCCACCAAAUAAAAAGGCUCGUUUAAUUUUUCAAAAGUGCUUUCAAAAGACAUUUGAUCCAAAAACAUUGCCUGGGUAUGAGAUAAUUUUGGCUAAAGAUUCAGACGAGGAUUCUGACAAAUAA